GAGGAGCACUUGCAAGCCUUCCAGCUCUCGUCCUGCUGCUGCGCGCAUCCCCUCCCGGCAGAAACAUGAAGGCUUGUGUGGCUGCCUUUGCUGUUCUCUUCAUCGCUGCCCUCUGCUCCCAGGCAUACUGCCAGCUUGACGGUGUCAACACCCCAACCUCCUGCUGCUUCAACUACGUGGCCAAGCCUAUCCCGCGGGCCCUGGUGGUGAAGUAUCGGCACACCAGUAGCAAGUGCUCCAUGCCGGCAGUGAUCUUUACCACUAAAAAAGGCCGGGAAGUCUGUUCGAACCCCACCGCAACCUGGGUCCAGGAGCUCAUCAAGCAUGUGAAACAAAACUGACAAGCCCCGAUGGCGACUGCCUCAGAAGCCGUCGGAGGCCACGUGUAUUUUAUAUAUUAUUGGUGAUGUUUACUUUUUGACAGCAACAACACCUUAUUGUAUUUAAAUUAUUUGCAUUUAAGUUAAAUCAAUAUCAACUUUGGAUUAAAAAAACAAAUAAAAUAUGCAAUGAAACGAUUUGGUUGGGCCUGUUAAUGAAGAUUCAGGGUUCAAGGAACUAAAAUGUGACAUGUUAACAACAGUGUCUGGGCCUUUGCAUCUGUGAAUGCUUUGGGCUGCCGCUCUGAGGCUUGCGCAGGACGGGCCCCUGACCUGGGGAGAUGAGGGUCCCAGCAACACAAAUGAUGAAAGGUCUAGAGAACAUG